CAACUGAAGCUGAGCCUGUUGCAAAGAGAGGGAUAGGCAGACCUAAGAAAAUAGCUGAAAUUCCUUCUGUUGAUGCUGAAAUUCCACCAACUGCAACACAUCAUGGUCUUGGAAACUGGUUUUCAUGUUCUGCUCCUAACAUAACACCAAGUGUGGUGCCUCAAAUGCCUUCAAGAGCUACUGGUUGUUCAAACAGAACUAAAGGUGCUAGAGGAAGGGGAAGGGGGUGUAGGAAGGGAUGUUAAUCAUCCCAUUGAAAGUUGGUUUACAUGUCCUCAAACAUCUGCUGCUCCUAACACAACACUAAGUAUGGCACCUCAAAUGCCUUCAAGAGCUGCUGGUUGUUCAAAAAGAAGUAGAGGUUCUCAAACAUCUGCUGCUCCUAGUUCAUCUGAUGCACCUAGUUCAGCUACUGCAAAUAGAGAAAAGAAAAAAGUUGUGGCAACAACCCCAUAUAAAAGGCCAAGAGUGAUGGGAAUGGGUGUGUUUCAAGCUGAGAAUGGGGUCACAACUUUUAAUCCUGGACUACCAAGUCAGAGAAUUGUAUCUACUGGACCAAGAAAGAUAAUAAGAUCUGCUGAUGUAACUGGUGAUAUUGGUUUCAAACCAACAAGUGGACUGAAGUGAAAAGGAACUAAAUCAAUCACAACUAGAAGGCUUCAAGAGAUUAGAGAUCAAGCGAGGGCUAAUGGUUCAAACAAUGCAAGUCAAAGUACCACUCCUUCAUUGCCAAGAGACCCAUGGAAGCUAUAAUGUUGAUAUCAAAUGUUGAUUUUGUUAAUUUAGAAGUACUG